AUGGUCACCAUCACAGGCGCGACGACGCGUGAUAUACGCUUUCCAACUUCCCUCGACAAGACCGGCAGCGAUGCCAUGAACGCAGCGGGCGACUAUUCCGCCGCCUACGUAAUCCUCCACACCGACGCCAAACACGAAGGCCACGGCAUGACCUUCACCAUCGGCCGCGGAAACGAAAUAGUCUGCCAAGCCAUCCACCUCCUGGCCCACCGUAUCGAAGGCAAGACCCUUGAGGAGCUCGUAGCAGACUGGGGUAAGACAUGGCGGUAUCUAGUCUCUGACUCUCACCUCCGAUGGAUUGGGCCCGAGAAAGGUGUCAUUCAUCUAGCUCUCGGUUCGCUGGUGAAUGCAAUUUGGGAUUUAUGGGCGAAGGUGCUGGGAAAGCCGGUAUGGAGGAUCGUGGCGGAUAUGAGCCCGGAGGAGUUUGUGAGGUGUAUUGAUUUCAGGUAUAUUACUGAUGCUAUCACACCUGAGGAGGCGAUAGAGAUGUUGAGGAAGGAGGAGCCGGGAAAAGCACAGAGGAUUAAGGAGGCGGAGCAGGAUAGGGCUGUUCCUGCUUAUACGACGUCAGCGGGGUGGUUAGGCUAUGGUGAGGAUAAGAUGAAGGGACUGCUGCAGGAGACACUAUCGAAAGGCUAUCGGCACUUCAAGCUCAAGGUUGGUACAUCGGUUGAGCAGGAUCGGAAACGAUUGAGUAUUGCUCGAGAGGUCAUAGGCUACGACAAAGGCAAUAUCUUGAUGGUGGACGCAAAUCAGGUAUGGUCCGUGCCAGAAGCCAUCGAAUACAUGAAGCAAUUAGCGGAAUUCAAACCCUGGUUCAUCGAGGAGCCCACAUCACCAGACGACGUCUUCGGCCACAAGCAGAUCCGCGAGGCAUUGAAACCAUACGGCAUCGGUGUUGCGACAGGCGAAAUGUGUCAGAACCGGGUCAUCUUCAAGCAACUUAUCGUACAAGGAGCCAUCGACGUUUGCCAGAUUGAUGCGUGUCGGAUGGGAGGCGUGAACGAGGUCUUGGCCGUUUUGCUUAUAGCGAAGAAGUAUGGUGUGCCAAUCGUGCCGCAUUCUGGUGGUGUGGGACUGCCGGAGUACACACAGCAUCUCAGCACGAUCGAUUACGUGGUUGUGUCGGGCAAGCUGUCGGUGCUGGAGUAUGUGGAUCAUUUACACGAGCAUUUCUUUCAUCCUUCCGUUAUAAAGGACGGGUAUUACACCACUCCUACGGAUGCCGGAUACUCUGUUGAGAUGAAGCCAGAAAGCAUGGAUCGUUUCGAGUUCCCUGGCAAGGAGGGCGUGAGUUGGUGGAAGAGUGAUGAGGCGAAACCUAUUCUUGAAGGCGAGAGGAUUUAA